AUGGUCGAAAGAACAGCGGAUCAGCGGAUUCGUACGACGGAAUGGGAGGAGGUGCAGUACAAAUUCGGAAAUCGCGUUGGGAAAUAUGCCACUAACGAGGUGGAGCUACUCGCCCAAAAGAUUGCUGAUAACAAUUUAAAUGCUCCUCUCAAAGCAUACGAUCCUCAUGAAGAGAAGGUGAUGGACAAAGUGGAGCGUGGCGGAUACGACACGGGACGGGCUGAGGAAGAAGGAGGCCCAGCUUUUGAUGAUGCAUUGCCUGAUGAUGACGAUGAGGCUCUCGCUGCAUUUCGUAGGAAGCGACUGGCGGAGCUGCAGCGGCAGAAGGAAGUGGAGCGGUUUGGUGUACUUCGUCAUGUCUCAGGUGCGGAUUACAUGACGGAGGUUACCGAGGCCUCUAGCACUAACUGGGUUGUUGCGGUGCUAAUUAAGCCUGGCCAUGACAACUGCGAGGCGUUGCUGUCAGUCAUGCGAGUAGCGGCCCAGCGUCAUCGUGACGUGAAGUUUCUUUCUAUGGUGUCAACGGAGGCUAUAAAAAACUUUCCCGACCGUCACCUCCCUUGUGUGCUGCUGUAUAGGGAUAAGAAGCUGGAGAACCAGCUGACGGAGGUUGCUUCGUGGAAAGGGAAGCAAAAUAGACUUUCUCUAGAAUCGGUGGAGCGGGUUCUACAUCGCUAUGGUGUGAUCCGAAACACUGAUUAUGACCACGAUGAUGAUGAUGAUGAUGCAUGA